AUGAUGGAUACUUACCUGGGCCAUCGAGAAGCUGUUUUAGCUAGAUCACCUGCAGAUAGAGCUAGCUGGGCUAGUCGAGAUGGGCAUGAUGAUGUUUUCAGAAGUGAACGUCCAGAGAAUCCACGAUCCGACAGCUUUUAUCGAGGUAGAUCCCCAGGAGUAGAUCGCCGUCGUAUACGUGAGCGUUCCCGCUCGCCAAAUUUAAUCGACCGAUAUGAACCUUCUGGUCCUCGCUCUCGAAAUGACUACGAUAGGCAGAGGGUCCGAGAUCGUGGGGAACCCCGACGAGUAUCGCCUGCUCCUCCGAAUAUUGACAGAUACGUACCUGGUCAAGACUCAGGCCCACCUCCAGUCGCAUUGAAUAUGAUACAAGAUCCAACAAACCUCCCAUUCCAAGUUGGAUUUUCGUAUUUCGGUGAAUGGUGGCGUACAAAUGAGAGGCUGAAAGAAGAUAGAGAAGCUGCUCGAACUGGCAAGCGACGUGAUAACAGAAGACCUGAACUUCCUGAAGACCGCGAAAUAGAAAAAUCUAAAAUCCAAGCUGCAUAUGACGUUUACAAACAAGAACUGCAGGCUAAGAUGGCUAGAACAUUUGUACAGGAGCAUAAAAAUGAACAAUGGUUUCAAGAGCGUUACUUCACAGAACUGCGUGAUGAUUUGCGGGUACAGCUAAAUGAACUUCGGCGCGGGAAUUAUAGUCAAUGGGAACAAGAUCUCGAAUCCGGCGUCUUUGAUGAGUACACGCUGGAAGGAAUACCCAAAAGUGAAAGCAAUGGUGCUGGUGGCGUUAUUGAGAAAGAAGAGGGCGAAACAUCUGCGAUCAAUGAGGUUCUCGGAGUCGGUGAUCUCGUUCCAUCCAGAGGUAGUGACAUUCGUGAUGAAAACGCUUUCCAACCAACCCUCCUUAUCAAAACUAUUGCCCCUCAUGUAAGCAGGCAAAAUCUCGAACUGUUCUGUAAAGAACAUCUCGGUGAGGAUGAGGGAGGUUUCAAGUGGUUGAGUCUAAGUGACCCUAACCCAAGCAAACGAUACCAUCGUAUAGGCUGGGUCAUGCUUCAUCCAGCCCCUGAGGGUCCAUCUAUUAUUGACCGCCCUGACUUAAAGGAUAGCGAUAUAGAGCCAAUCGUCGCACCUGUCAUCACUCCAUCAACUGCUGAAAAGGCUCUUGAGGCAAUAAACGGUAAAGUUGUCAAGGAUGAAGUUCGUGGAGAUUUCCAAUGCCACGUUGGUGUUCACAUUCCACCGGCUGCGCCGCGUAAGAAAGCAUUGUGGGAUUUAUUUUCGGCGCCAGAAAGAAUUGAAAAGGACCUUGAUCUCGCCCAGAACCUAGUUCAAAAAUUCGAGGAAGAUUUUGGGUCAGAUUUUAAUGCCGUGUUAAAGAUUGAAGAGCGAGUGGAAGACCUAAGGAACCAGAUGCGUCUAGCCCCUCCUGUUACAGCACAUAAAGUGGAAAGUUUUAAAAAAUCACGGGACUAUCUAGGGAUGGAUGAAGCUAUGGAUGAAGGAGAAGAACCUCAAGAUGAAGAAGAAGAUGAAGAAGAGGAAGGUGCUCUAGAUGAGGAAGUUGAUGACGAGGAGCUACUUGUCAAAAAGAAGCAACUUGAUCUCAUGGUGGAAUAUCUUCGUCGCGUUUUCAACUUUUGUUUUUUCUGUGUCUUUGAGAGUGACUCAAUACAUGAACUCACUCGAAAAUGCCCUGGAGGCCACCUCCGCCGGCCACGGAAUACACUUACAAGUGCUUGCAAAGCCGCAGCAAAAGCUAGCGCACUAGGAGAACCAUUUCCCGGUAUGAAAAAGCUUAACCCUGACUUGGACGACGAACCACAAACGCCUGAAGGUGAUCGUAAAUUCCAGCGUAAUGUACCAUCAAAAGCUGAACAACAGCUUCAGCGUGCGUUCAACUGGGUUAGGACAUUUGAGGAAAAAAUCGCACAGCUACUGAGCCCUGAGACCGUUGAUAUUCGGAAACUUGGCGGCAAACCAAUUGAUGACGCUCUCCGCGAUGAACUCGUAAAGUUUGUGAAACAAGAGGAUGAGCAUAAAUUUAGGUGCCGAGUUCCUGAGUGCCAAAAGCUAUUCAAAGAGGAACACUUUUGGAAAAAGCACGUGGAGAAACGACAUUCUGAAUGGUUAGAUAGCCUAAAGAGAGAUUUUGAACUCAUAAAUACAUAUGUUCUAGAUCCAGCCCAUAUUGCACCAUCGAGAUCCGAUGCUAACAGUAAUGGUCAUUUUCCGCCCUCAAAUGGUCACCUACCAGCUGGAACUCCACGGGGAUUCAAUUUACAAAGUUUUGGUAUGGCCGGAAUUCCUAUGCAAGGAUUUGGCCAGCCCAGCUUCCCACCUUUUUUUCCUGGAGCAGUUCAAAAUGUUAGUGCCUACUCUGGCGCAGGUGGGCCCAUUAGACGCGGUGGGAGACCCCAGAAUCCACGGCCAGGGCCAUAUGAUCGUCGACCCCGUGAAACAGGCCGCCUAAGUCCACCAGGUAGCUCGAGACGCGGGGGGAGAUGGGGAGAUGGAGCGUCUGGGAGUGCAGCCGUGGGACCUAGAGAAGCUGUUCAGGGUCGAAUCUUAAAAUCUUACGAGGACUUAGACGCUGUUGCAGGUGGAGGAUCUGGAGAGCUCAAUUAUUAA